UCAAUCGUUGGCUGAUCACGAUCUCUAGAUGUCAUUGCACCAUCAUUUCAAUCAUUGGCUGAUCACGAUCUCUAGAUGUCAUCCUCCCGGUCAUCAAUAAGCCUUGACAAGUAAAACCCUAUCGCAAACAAGAAUAAUCUACUGGGCCACUUACCGCAGAUAAUUCAACUUUUUUUGUCUUUUGAGUGGACAGUCAUUGAUUAUAAAACUCAUAACUCAGAAGUCAGAAUUCAUCUUGGUGUACUGAAUAACCACUCGCCGACAGUCAUUGAUUUACAAAUCUCAUAACUCAUCUUGCUGUACUUAAUAAUCACUCGCCACUCAAUCAUUGCUUGCACUAGUUGAAGUUGUCUAGCUGAGCUCUUUGCAUUCACAAAUUUCAGGUUCGAGUAUCAUGGAAAAGGGAAGAGCAGAAUCCUCAUCUUCUUUCAAACACGAGUGGACAUACGAUGUCUUCCUUAGUUUCAGAGGUGAAGACACCAGGUUCAAUAUCACAGGCAAUAUCUAUAAUUCUCUGGUCAAAAAAGGGAUUCACACUUUCAUGGAUGAUGAAGAGCUUAGAAAAGGGAAAAAAAUUACACCAGCUCUUCUAAAGGCAAUUCAGAAAUCCAGAAUUGCAAUAAUCAUUUUCUCUAAGAAUUAUGCAUCAUCCACGUAUUGCUUGGAUGAACUUGUUGAGAUUCUUAAGCUUGUCAAUGCAGAAGGUAGAUUGGUAUUGCCAGUUUUUUAUGAUGUGGAUCCAUCACUAGUUCGCCAUCAGAGAGGAACUUAUUCAGAAGCCAUGGCGAAACAUGAGGAAAGGUUCCCAAAAAACAAGGGCAAGGUACAAAAGUGGAGAGGAGCUUUACGUGAAGCAGCUGAUCUCUCAGGCUGGCAUUUCCAAAACGGUUCUGAGUCAGAAUAUAAGCUUAUUGAUAAGAUUGUUGAAGAGGUCUCGAAAAAGAUCAAUCGAGUUCCUUUGCAUGUUGUUGAUAAUCCAGUUGAUCUAGACUCUGCGGUGCUUCAAGUGAGUUCUCUCCUUGGACUUGGGUCUGAAGUGAUCAUGGUAGGUAUUUACGGAUUUGGAGGACAAGGUAAAACAACAAUUGCCCGUGCUGUGUAUAACUUGAUUGCUGACCAAUUUGAAAGUUUGUGUUUUCUUGCUGACAUAAGAGAAACGGCAAUUGGUAAGCUUGGCCUUGUACAACUCCAAGAAACUCUUCUUUCUGAAAUACUUGGAGAGAAAGACAUCAAAGUUGGAAAUGUCAAUCAAGGAAUUCCAAUAAUCAAAAGGAGCUCAAUUGAAGGCACUCGCGGAGGAAUUGAUUGGUUUGGCUCUGGCAGUAAGAUCAUUAUCACAACAAGAGACAAACAAUUGUUAAAUUCUCAUGGAGUAGUAAGAUUACACGAGGUUAAACUGUUGAGCCAUCAAAAAGCUCUUGAACUGUUUAGUUGGCACGCCUUUAAAAGUCAUGAAGUUAAAAGUGGUUAUGUGAAAAUUUCAAAGCGUGCAGUUUCUUAUGCACGUGGCCUUCCAUUGGCUUUGGAAGUCAUAGGUUCUCACUUAUGCGAUAAAAGUUUAGAUGAAUGUAAGUCAGCAUUGGAUAAAUAUGAAAAAGUUCCUCAUCAAGAUAUCCAUGAAAUUCUUAAAGUAAGCUUUGAUGGUUUGGGGGAUGAUGAGAAAGGAAUUUUCCUUGACAUUGCUUGUUUCUUCAACAAAGGCGAAGUGGAGUAUGUAAAACAAAUGUUACAUGCUCAUGGAUUUCAUGCAGAAGAUGGUAUUAGAGUAUUAGCUGGUAGAUCUCUUAUAAAGAUUGAUAGUUGUGUAGCAAAACUGAGAAUGCAUGCCUUAGUUCAAGACAUGGGUAGAGAAAUUGUACGACAAGAGUCAAUACGUGAGCCUGGUGGACGUAGUAGAUUAUGGUUUGACGAAGACAUCAUUCAUGUUUUGGAGGAAAAUACGGGAACUGAGAAAGUUGAACUGAUAAUGCUUGAUGGUUGCAAAAACAAAGAAGUGCAGUGCAGUGGAAAAGCCUUCAUGAAGAUGAAAAACCUGAGAAUUCUAGUGGUUGACAAUGCAGUGUUUUCUACAGGGCCCAAACGUUUACCAAAUAGUUUGAAGGUGCUUAGUUGGAAUUGUUAUCCAUCACAGUCUUUACCCUCUGAUUUCAAUCCUAAACAACUUGAGAUGCUACAUAUGAGAGAAAGCUGCCUUGAAUUCUUCCAACCUCCCAAGAUGUUGAAAACCUUAACUGUACUUUAUUUUGAAAAAUGCAAGUUCUUAACCGAAUUGCCAAGCCUAAGUGGAGCAACAUUCUUGAAGAAGCUGUCCCUUGAUAACUGCACAAAGUUAGUUAAAGUUCAUGAUUCAGUUGGGUUUCUCAAGAAUCUCCACUGCUUGAGCGCUAAAGGAUGCACCCAGCUAGAAAAUCUGGUGCCCUGCAUCAAGCUGGCAUCUCUAGAAAUUCUAGAUCUCCAGGGGUGCUCACGUCUAAAGAGAUUUCCGGAAGUAUUGGGAAAGAUGAAGAAAAUAAGAGAAAUUAAUUUAGACAAGACUGCCAUAGACAAGUUGCCAUUAUCUAUUGGAAAUCUUAUUGGGCUUGAACAAUUGUCCAUCAAGAAACGCGGAAAGCAUGUUAUUCAGCUACCAGACAGUAUCCAUGCAUUGACUAAAGUUGUGGUGGUUACGAGUGACAAGCCUCAGGGCUUUAGAUUUUUUAGAAGGAGCCAUAAGAAUGAAAGAUUGGGCUCAGAAAUAUCACCAAGUUCAAUGCUUGUUUAUCAAGGUGCUCGGCGAGAAAUGAGUGAUUUCACCACCUUUGAUGUGUAUUAUUCGUUCAUGAGCCCCAAUAAUGUUAUCGAAGUAUGUAUUCCCAUGCCUCUAGUGCAUCAUGAUUUUGAAAUGUUGUUCCCAAAGAUGCCAACCGAUUUCCAGAACCGACUUACUAAAUCAUCAAUGUGCUUCUCAUUUCGAAAGAAGUUCCCUAGGAUCGCCCUAUGUUACCAUGUUAGUCCCAACUCUACUGGAAGCCUGAUGUCGGAUUUCAAGUUCAGCGUACUCAUUAAUGGCGCCAAACAGUUCAGUUCUUCAUGUGCCUGCAUAGCUCAUUCAACACGGGGCCUAAUAUUUUGGUGUGAUCUACAGAGCAAAGUGGAUGAGGUAUUUACAGAACAUGAUUGGAAUGAAGUUGAAAUUCAAUGGGAGUUAAACAAACAGAAAUCAAAUUCUAAAAGUGGAACAAUGGACGAUCACUGGGAGGGAAAUGGAUGUUUAUGCUGGACCCUAAUCGGUCUCUACAAAAAAGGAAACAACAAGCAAAGAGUUAAAUUUGAAAAUCCUACGUCAGAUUUUCCAUUGCCCUGCUGCUCCCCUACUACACUUUUACACGCGAUGGGUCAUCAGAUAAAGCUUCAAUCACACGUCUUAAAAAGUGAAAAUGAAGUGAAGAGAAGAUAGAGAUAGGAAAAAAAGAGAAAGUAAAAGAUAUCAUAGAUGAUAUGAUUGAAAGAGAAGAGAGAUAGAUAGAAAGUGAAGUGGAAAUGAAGUGGAUGGGUGAAUGAACGGUAGCCCUAUGUCAUCUUUUCCCCCAUUUUCGAUAAGGUUCCCUCUAGCGAAACACUCACAGGAACUUCUCACUUUCUCCCCCAGCUAAGGAGGAGGCACAGCCAGUGGUGCAGGAGGCACCGGCUGCAGAGGCACUAGCCUAGCUAGAUCGGAGGGCAGCUGAUGAGCCCGGUGUACCGCAUGUUGAACACACCCGAGAUAUUGGUGCGGAUGCUGAUUUUCACUCUAGUGACAUUGCUUCACAGUUGCUAGAGUGGAUGACUUGACGCGGACCAUCCAGGCGGAGAUUCAACACGAGGCCUAACAUUUUGGUAUGAUCUACAAAGAAAAGUGGAAGAGGUAUUUACAUAGAUCACUAAAGUUGUAACUCUUGAAUGAUCCUUCUCUUUUUGAUCAAAUUGAAUGCUUGAAUCAGGAAAACUGCCUUUAUCUUUCUCCAUUAAUUUUGUUGAGUGUACUUAGGCUGAGUAAACCAAGGUGACUUGUUGAUAAUGAUGGUCGCUUGCUUCUUGACCAGGAUGAGCUUUCAAUUGGAUGCUACUAUCUUGAUUUCUCUCUCAA